GGCCAUGGCUCCGGCCUCACCCCCGACUAUAAAUUCAUCUUGUCGCCGUCGGAAAAGUGGAACCGCAAAGCACAAGGAAGGAAGCGCAGGAGCGGAACCCCCGCUCCCCAGAGACACCUGGGCUAACCUUAAGUUCUGCUUUUUCCUUUCCUGCCUGCUAAUUGGAUUAAAGACUGUUUUGCCAACCAUGGCAUCUGGAGAUGACAGUCCUAUCUUUGAAGAUGACGAAAGCCCUCCUUACAGCCUGGAAAAAAUGACAGAUCUUGUAGCUGUUUGGGAUGUUGCUUUAAGUGAUGGAGUCCAUAAGAUUGAAUUUGAACAUGGGACCACAUCAGGGAAACGAGUGGUAUAUGUAGAUGGGAAGGAAGAGAUAAGAAAAGAAUGGAUGUUCAAGUUAGUGGGCAAAGAAACCUUCUGUGUUGGAGCUGCAAAGACAAAGGCAACUAUAAAUAUAGAUGCUAUCAGUGGUUUUGCUUAUGAAUAUACUCUGGAAAUUAAUGGGAAAAGUCUCAAGAAGUAUAUGGAGAACAGAUCAAAAACCACCAAUACUUGGGUAUUACAUUUGGAUGGUGAGGACUUUAGAGUUGUGUUGGAAAAAGACACUAUGGAUGUGUGGUGCAAUGGUAAAAAAAUGGAGACAGCAGGCGAGUUUGUGGAUGACGGAACUGAAACUCACUUCAGCGUUGGGAACCAUGACUGUUACAUAAAGGCCGUCAGUAGCGGGAAGCGGAAAGAAGGGAUUAUUCAUACUCUUAUUGUGGAUAACAGAGAAAUCCCGGAGCUUCUCGAAUGACUUCACGUUAAUGAAUUUUAAUCUUAAGUAGUAAAGAACAGGACUUUUAAAUUACUGUGGUAAUUAAAUAUGUUCAGUAUGUACUUUUCAGUACACUCAGUCGCCAUGUUUUUACUUCUUAGUUACUUGAAACUGUGGUGUUCCAAAGAUCAGGGGAAGAAAAUUAUGGACGAUAAUAAAAACUGCAAUUUAUUUUAUAAAUAAUGUAAAAUGUUUUAAAGUCAAAUGGAAAAUAAGAUUUGGACCAAAAUCACUAAUGUUUUACAAGAGCAACUUUUACUAUAAUAAAUAUAAAAUAAAAUUA